GACAAAGAGGCGUAGAGUUGGGGUCAGCUGACUUCAUUUUAAUCAUUGGUCUUGUGAUAAGUUGUGAUACUCCGCCAUUCUCGGUUCGUCUUUUCCAUCUUUCUCGUCUAGGAUAAAGAAUAACUAGUUCAAAAUGGCGAGCAAAGGCGGCUUGAGGACGAUCGCCAAUGAGGAGAAUGAGGAGAGGUUCGGAUAUGUCUUCGCCGUAUCUGGACCCGUCGUCACUGCCGAAAAGAUGUCCGGAUCUGCUAUGUACGAGUUGGUCCGUGUCGGUUACAAUGAACUCGUCGGUGAGAUUAUCCGUCUUGAAGGUGACAUGGCCACCAUCCAGGUAUACGAAGAAACUUCAGGUGUAACUGUAGGUGAUCCAGUACUCCGUACUGGAAAGCCUUUGUCAGUAGAACUUGGUCCCGGUAUCUUGGGUUCCAUCUUUGACGGUAUUCAGCGUCCCCUCAAGGACAUCAACGAGCUGACUCAGUCCAUCUACAUCCCCAAGGGUAUCAACGUGCCUUCCCUGGCCAGGGAGGUCGACUGGGAAUUUAACCCAUUAAAUGUUAAGGUCGGGUCCCACAUCACCGGUGGAGAUUUGUAUGGUAUUGUACAUGAGAACACUCUGGUCAAGCACAGGAUGUUGGUCCCGCCCAAAGCCAAGGGAACAGUUACCUAUAUCGCACCGGCCGGGAACUACAAAGUCACAGACGUGGUGCUGGAGACGGAGUUCGACGGUGAGCGGCAGAAGUACAGCAUGUUGCAGGUGUGGCCCGUGCGCCAGCCGCGCCCCGUCACCGAGAAGCUGCCCGCCAACCACCCGCUGCUCACCGGGCAGCGCGUGCUCGACUCGCUCUUCCCUUGCGUGCAGGGAGGUACCACAGCCAUCCCCGGGGCUUUUGGUUGCGGCAAAACUGUCAUCUCCCAAGCCCUGUCCAAGUACUCCAACUCUGACGUCAUCAUCUACGUCGGCUGCGGCGAGCGCGGUAACGAGAUGUCCGAGGUGCUCCGCGACUUCCCGGAGCUGACGGUGGAGAUCGAGGGCGUGACGGAGUCCAUCAUGAAGCGCACGGCGCUGGUGGCCAACACCUCCAACAUGCCCGUGGCGGCGCGCGAGGCCUCCAUCUAUACCGGCAUCACGCUGUCGGAGUACUUCCGCGACAUGGGCUACAACGUGUCGAUGAUGGCGGACUCGACGUCCCGUUGGGCGGAGGCGCUGCGUGAGAUCUCUGGUCGUCUGGCGGAGAUGCCGGCCGACUCGGGCUACCCCGCCUACCUGGGCGCGCGCCUCGCCUCCUUCUACGAGCGCGCCGGCAGGGUCAAGUGCCUCGGCAACCCGGACAGGGAAGGCUCGGUGUCCAUCGUGGGCGCGGUGUCGCCGCCCGGUGGAGACUUCUCGGACCCGGUGACGGCGGCCACGCUCGGCAUCGUGCAGGUGUUCUGGGGGCUCGACAAGAAGCUGGCGCAGCGGAAGCACUUCCCCUCCAUCAACUGGCUCAUCUCCUACAGCAAGUACAUGCGCGCCCUCGACGACUUCUACGAGAAGAACUACCCCGAGUUCGUCCCGCUCAGGACCAAGGUCAAGGAGAUCCUGCAGGAGGAAGAAGACCUGUCCGAAAUCGUGCAGCUGGUCGGCAAGGCGUCCCUCGCGGAAACUGACAAGAUCACGCUCGAGGUCGCCAAGCUGCUCAAAGACGACUUCCUGCAGCAGAACAGCUAUUCGUCGUACGAUCGCUUCUGCCCGUUCUACAAGACGGUGGGCAUGCUGAAGAACAUCAUCACGUUCUACGACAUGUCGCGGCACGCGGUGGAGUCCACGGCGCAGUCCGACAACAAGGUCACGUGGAACGUCAUCCGCGACGCCAUGGGCAACGUGCUCUACCAGCUCUCCUCCAUGAAGUUCAAGGACCCAGUGAAAGACGGUGAACCUAAGAUCAAGGCCGAUUUCGACCAGCUCCUAGAAGAUAUGUCUGCCGCCUUCCGCAACCUCGAGGACUAAACGCUAUAUUGUCUUUAAAAUAUUAAAAU